AUGGCGCAUAAAAGAUGUUUUGAGGCACUUGAUAGAUCUCUUAAAGAUAUAAGAAAUAAAAAUGAAGUGAUGGGAGGAGCAACUGUUCUUUUAACUGGAGACUUUAGGCAAACUCUACCAGUUAUACCAAGAGGAAGUCGAGCAGAUGAAGUUAAGGCUUGCAUAAAAGCUUCUUAUUUAUGGCCGUUAAUAGAACAACUUUCUCUCAAAAAGAAUAUGAGGGUCCACCUGGGAGGUGAUGUCACAGCUGGAAAAUUCUCUGAACUUCUACUCAAAAUAGGAAAUGGAGAUUUUCCCGAGUUAGAUGGGAAGUUGGUUAUCACUAAGGAUUUAGGUUUAGUAGUGACAACACUACAAGAACUUAUAGUUCAAAUUUAUCCUGAUAUUGCCGAUAUAAAAAACAAAUCGAUGGAUUGGUUAUGUGAGCGCGCUAUUUUGACCCCUAAAAAUGACAGGGCAGCUGUGAUUAAUGAAAUUAUUCUUAAAUCAUUAAAGGGAACAGAAAUGGAGUAUAAGUCUAUAGACAUGGUACUGAAGACAGAUGACGCAGUUCACUAUCCUGUGGAGUUCCUCAACGCACUUAAUCCCCCUGGCUUUCCAGCACAUGAGUUAGUCCUUAAAGUAGGAGCUCCAAUUAUGCUGUUGCGAAAUCUCCACCCACCCAAACUCUGCAAUGGUAAUCGACUGUGCGUGAAAGCACUCCAAAACAAUGUAAUUGCGGCAACAAUAAUUACAGGUUGUGCUCAAGGAGAAUCAACGUUUAUACCACGUAUACCACUUUUAUCAUCAAACUAUCCAUUCGAAUUUAAAAGACUGCAGUUUCCUAUCAAGGUAUCUUUUGCAAUGACUAUAAAUAAGUCGCAAGGGCAGUCGUUGAAAAUAGCAGGGAUUGACUUGAGUGAUGACUGCUUUACACAUGGGCAAUUUUAUGUGGCAUGCUCCAGAGUUAGUUCCCCUACAAGCUUAGUCAUUCUUGCCCCAAACAGAAGAACAACCAAUGUAGUUUAUAAGGAGGUGCUAUAA